AUGACCACUGAGACAACCAUGGAGAUGGAAACGACCGAGACCACCACCAUGGAGAUGACCACGGAAACGAGCACCACCACCACCUUGCCCCCAAAUUUAUUCCCCAAAAGCACAGGGAGCAGGCGGCCCCAAACCUUCCCCUACGCCACAGUGUUCCCUGGCACAAACACCACGAACUUCCAUUUUGGCAACAGUUCCACAGGCAGCGCCGUGUCCAACCACACUGUGGGGCCUGUCCUCCGCACCCCUGCCAUCUCCCACAUCAAUGUCACCUCAAACAGCAGCAGCUGGGUCCCCCAUUUCGGCACCAACAGCAGCUCUGCCGCUCCCACCACUGUAGAUGGCAACCACAAUGCCAAAAGCAACGGGAGCACCAGCACUCCGGUGUUUCCCACCCAGACAACACAAACGCCCACCGGGGGUGGCCCCAACCCCUCUGCCGUCCAGCUGCUCGUCCGUGUCCCUCUGUCCUUCCGCAUCAUCAACAGGAGCUUCAACGAGAGCCUGCGCGACCCGGCGUCGGCUGAGUACAGGAGCCUGAGCCGCACUGUCCUGACCAUGUUCGAACACGUUUUUGGCUGCGCGGGCUGCAUGGGCACGCAGACCUACACGGGGUGCAGCGAGCUGCGCUACAGCCCAGGCUCGGUGGARGUCCAGUCCACCCUCGUGUUUGGGAACGGCAGUGACACCGUCACCCGCGACGCCGCUGAGCAGCGCCUGAGGAAGAGCCUGGAUGAGAACGGCUUCAUCAUGGGCCUGCAGCUGGACAGCAUCCAGAGCUCUGCAGAGGUGGUGUCCCCAGCUCCAGUGCCCGUGGUCCCGGACUGGGCCAUUGCUCUGUUGGUCCUGGUCAGCCUCCUGCUGCUGUUCAGCAUCUUCACCUGCCUCCUGCUGAUGUUCACGACCGAACGUGUCUCGUUUGACGCGUCCGCUUUCCCCACGGCUGCACAGGCGGAAUGUGACGGUGCCGAUGGCGCCGUGCAGCUGCACGUGUGGCACUGGGUGCAKGCGGCGUGUCCGGCUCCCGUCCCCUUCCUGUCCGGCCUCGGGCUCUGCCCAAUGCUGA